AUGAAAACCUUGCCAUUAGCUGUGGAGACCCAGCGCCACAAGUCAUUGCACUCACUUGCGUUCUUGACAACAUCUCUUCUCUUUCUUGCAGCAACUACAUGUCCGCUUGCAACUGGAUUCGGCUCAUUGCAAGGACCCAUUUUCAAGCCUUUACCAUUCCACACCACUGAAUCAAGAUCACCGUCCAAGUUUAUGGUAGCAACAGAACAAACAGUCGAAACGGAUUCUUUUCCAGAACUUGGAAAAGGCGGUGUUUAUCAUAUAACAACCCCAGAACAACACCAUGCUCUUUUGGAAAUGAAUAAGGACAAACUCCUAGUUAUGAAAGUCUUCGCACCGUGGUGUCGCGCUUGUAAAGGUCUCGAACCGAAGUUCAAUGCAAUUGUAAAAGAUCCCAAGUACAAAGAUCUACCGAUCAUUUGGGCGGAUUUGAGCAUACAAAACAACAAAAAUUAUGUAAAGUCUAUUGGAGUUGUUGCCCUUCCUAGUAUUCAAUUCUAUGCACAAGGAAUGAGAGAAGAUACUUUUCCAUGUGGACCUUCUAAAGUUCCUAUUUUGAAGCGAAAGCUCUCCGAAUUCGUACAGCACCGGAUCGACAAAGAAACUAGACAGCUGACGUCGGUUGGAAAACAGAAGGAAACAACGGCAACCGAGACAAAAGUGUUUGGCGAAGUUGACAAAAGCAAAGACGCAACUGCUCAGUCAUAUAUUGAAAGAGAGCGUUCAAAUCUUCGGUCCAUUCCAUAUUUCACGACUAUGCUGGAAUCUGAAUUCGAAUCCGUGUUAUCAAGAGCUUCCUUGCUUACAUUUGAAAGCGGUGCACUCAUCAUGAGAGAAGGGAACGUUGGAAGUACAUUCUAUGUGAUUGUUGAAGGAGAAGUAGAGAUAUGUCAGAAAACAUCAUUCGAGGAUCCACUAACGACCCCGCCGACGUACCUUGGUACGGUCAUCAAUCGAUUCGUACAAGGUGAAUACUUUGGUGAAAGAGCUCUGAUAACUGGUGAACCCCGCGCUGCUAGUAUUCGAACGUCAUCCUUGACUAGGUGUCUUGUGUUCGACGCCCAGGAUUUCCCUUCAACAUGUAUACUAAGUGGAAAGUCGCAUGUCGAUGCCGAAAGUGAGAUGCAGAGUAUCAACGAGAAAUACGGGGUGACGUUGAGCGACAUAACAACAAUGAACGAUAACCAGUACCUCGAAGCACAGAAGGCAAACCAAGCUCGUGGCAGUGUGAACUCACCAAGACCAAUUGAUGGGGUUGACAAUGACUCCGAGGAAGAUGGUCACAAUAUUGGCGUCGAAACUGAUACUGUGGUACCUUUGCUAAUGCGUUUCAAGUUGAUUCGACUUGUCACGCGAUGCUUUGAUUACAUGGUCGCAAAUACACCGCGCUUGGGGGACCAGGGCGCUCGGCGUCGAAGAAAUAUGCUGGUUCAGUUGCUGUCAUCGUCUCAGCAAAGUGAUUUCAACGAUGCGUACAAUUUGCUGGAUGCAGACGGAGACGGUGAAAUCACACUUAUUGAAUUCCGCCGUCUUGUUGACUCUAUUGGUGAAGAAAAGAGUGACGAAGAGCUUCAGAACUACAUUGAAAAAGGAAAUCAGAAAAUGGAUGGAAAGCAAGUCAUCUCAUAUGAAGACUUCAUGGGUAUCAUGGCAGAGGCAGAGUUUUAUCACUUGUUUCUUGAGACGUUUCGAGCAUUGGACAAAGAAGAUUCUGGCUAUUUACGAGCUGGUGACCUCAACAGAGUUCUAUGUGGUGUCCGUGAUUUAAUUACUGAUGAUCGAAAGAGUAUCAUCGAUGUGGAGGAUGAUGAUAUGAGUAUUGAUUACGAGCAGUUUUCAAAGAUGUUGUUAGGCAUCGCUCUCAAAUGA